GUUGGAGGCUGAACAUGAUGCCACGCGGUCGAAUCAGAAGGCGAGUGAGUGUUCAUGCUUACCCUCUUCUCACGCCGUUCCAUGUCUGCCCUCCGUCUUCCACGCGACCAUCUUUCUCCAGUCCAACUCUCCCAAAACUAAUCUGACUUGCUUUCUACGGAGUUCUUCUCUGUUACCUCUCUCCUCUUUCUACCAGUUCAAACAAAGCAAGCGUUGGCGGAAGUUUUGAAAAAGAAGCUCUUUUGGGCGUCCGAGGUUGUUGUUUGGACAAAGCGACGUCGUAUGCGGAGGUAGAAGGAUCAUUUAAAGCGGCUGAUUCUGUGCUUGAUACGGAUUGAUUCAAAUAUACCUUUUAUUGCCUUCUUUCCAAACGCUUUCGAGUUAUGCCUUUCCUUUCCCUUUACACGAAGACCACACCCACUUUUUUGAAUUCCAUUCCUUGUUCGGGUUCUUGAAAAAAAGCUGCCUUUUUUUCCCUCUGCUUCUUAGCGCCGCCUUUGAUCCUCUGAUCACCAUGAAGCCGUUCAGCUCUGUUUCUUCUGCACUGUCAGAUCCUAAAACUAGAUCAUGCCUCUGCAGUCUUUUUGUCACCAUUGCGCUAAUUUGCAGUGUAUACUUCACAGCAAAUGUAUAUUUUGGAAGAGAAUUUAAGAUACCUUUCCGGUCUGGAACAAGUCACUCAAAACAAAGUGCUAAAUCGUGUAGAAAUGAGGUUUCAUCUGCAAUUGAUGUAAAAAUAAAUGACACCAAAAAUAAUUUCGAGACUGGUAAAUGCAUGGAAAAAUGCAGGCCUAUUGGUAGUGAGGCACUUCCGGAGGGGAUUGUUUCGGCAACAUCAAAUUUGGAAAUGCACCCCUUGUGGGGUCCACUCACCGAAAAGGAGGAGUCAAACCAUCAGGUUAGUUUGCUGGCCAUUCCUGUUGGGAUAAAGCAAAAAGAGUUAGUGAACCAAAUCGUUAAGAUGUUUCUAGAGGAUGAGUUUGGUGUGAUGCUAUUUCAUUAUGACGGUGUUGUCGAUGAAUGGAAUGAUCUUGAAUGGAGUAAGAAAGUCAUACAUGUAUCUGCCGUGAAUCAAACAAAAUGGUGGUUUGCGAAGCGUUUUUUGCACCCAGAUAUAGUUACUGAAUAUGAGUAUAUCUUCCUAUGGGAUGAGGACCUUGGAGUAGAAAAUUUUCACCCUAAAAGGUAUGUAUCAAUUGUGAAAGAAGAGGGUCUUGAAAUAUCUCAGCCUGGACUCGAUCUUCAUAAAUCGGAGGUGCAUCAUCGUAUUACAGUGCGCAAAAGGAAUUCUAAAGUUCACAGGAGGUUUGUUACAUCCAAUGCCAAUGGAUGCAAAAGCAACAGUAGUGCUCCUCCUUGUGUAGGGUGGGUAGAAAUGAUGGCUCCUGUAUUUUCGAAAGCUGCUUGGCGUUGCGCAUGGUACAUGAUUCAGAAUGAUUUUAUUCACGCGUGGGGUUUGGAUAAAAAGCUUGGCUAUUGUUCACAGGGUGAUAGGACAAAAAAAGUUGGAAUUGUUGAUGCAGAGUAUAUAUACCAUUUGGGUCUUCCUACACUUGGUGGUGAUUCUCAUAGAAUCAAGGGAACUCCACCAUCAGUCCAUAAAACAGAUAAUAACAAUAACAGACCUGAGGUAAGGAAGCGAUCCUAUGAUGAAAUGAAGGCUUUCGAUAAUCGGUGGAAGAGGGCCGCCCAACAGGAUAAAUGUUGGGUUGAUCCAUUUAAGUAAACAAAGCACAACAAGAACAACAUUACUGUACAGGAGGAGCUGCUCCGUUAUGGCACUGGGAAGCUCUUGGAAUUAGUUGAGAAAGGAAAGUCCUUUUUAUAAUUCUUUUCUUUGCUUCUGUUUUUAUAUAGUUUUUGGCUUGUUACAAAUACAACAGGUUUUCUUGGAAUUUGAUUAUAGUUUAUUAGAUGUCUCCUAUUACUUUUUGAACAAUGUAUAUUCAUUUAUAAUUCUUUUAUGGUUGUAUAUAACUAUAUAUCAAAUCAAUGUCUAUGUAUUCACAUUUUAAAUAUUAAUUAAUGCCACCAGAGAGUAUCAUCAUAA